AUGGCCGAUGGAGCGAAACAAAUCGAUGCAGUUGCACUUGGCGUGAAGACACUGUUGAUGAUUGACCCUUCGGCUCUUCAUCAUUCUUCCGAUAGACUUGAGAAGGGGACAUAUCGAACUCACUGGAAAGAAGACGUACCUUUCAGCAAAUACAUCCAAGACUCGUUUCCACUUGGCAAUCACAAUGUACUUAGCUACAACAAUAGUGAGUUGUUUGCGGAGGUCAAGAAGGAGCUCAAAGCUGUCAACCUGAAGAAACGACUGGGUAUCACCAUUAGGGCGACAUCGGAUAUUCGAAACCACCUGCAUUUUGACAGAAAGAACAAUUACCUCGAGGUUUAUCAUUACACCUCUUUUCUGAAAGAGCAGCUGAGAGUGACUCGGGAUGUUGGAGAUUGUUCCAGUCCGUCUUCUUCACUCAAGAGAGGGGUAUUACCACGCCAACUAGUCCUUGAAGUAUUGGACUCUCUCCAGGGAACUCUGUUCCCGCUUUCAGAUCCAAGGUCCAAGAAACUUCUCCGCUCACUCAUAAUGAAGUGCUCUUUCGAUCCAGAUGUCCUCAACUUUGAAGUCAGCUCAGUGAGACGAGUAGGAGAAGAGAGCGUUCCAUACGUCUAUUUAGCCGACAGGCUAGCAGACUUAUACAACGAACUCCAGACUCCUCGACCUCGUGGCUGGCUCCAGCAGUCGAUGCAGAGAAAGAGUGGUGCGAGGCAUGUCAUGAUGGCUACACUUAUCGGCGUCAUCUUUGCUGUGCUCUUGGGAAUAGCCUCGCUCGCUGUGAGUUCGUACCAGGCCUGGAUAGCAUAUCAGGCGUGGAAGCACCCGGUUCAACCUUCCUAG